UCCAAUCAGAAGCUAUUGUUUUCCUAUAGUGAUUUGGUUCAUUUUCUACUUUGUUGCAUUUGUUGUAUUAUUAUAUAUGGUUUUUUGUUUUUCUUUUAAUUUAACACUUAGUUUUUGCGUUGUGUUGAAGUUCUCCAAGGACCUAUUUUCCAAAAAAACUUAAAUAAGUACAAUAGAAAUGGAUAAAUUACGACGAGUUCUUAACGGAAAUGAUUCCACCCCGGAAGAGGAGAGCAGUAUUAUCACACAGAUUAAUGAGAUGUCAACGCUCAGCUGGUCGACACGCAUCAAAGGCUUUUGCAUUUGCUUUGUACUUGGCAUCUUACUGUCGUUUCUCGGCUCGUUGGCACUCUUUCUACACCGCGGCAUAGUUGUGUUUGCGGUCUUUUAUACGCUCGGUAAUAUAAUAUCAAUGGCGAGUACCUGCUUUCUUAUGGGCCCAGUUAAUCAAAUUAAAAAAAUGUUUUCAUCCACACGCUUAAUAGCCACUUGCAUUGUACUAGUAUCUAUUGUUAUGACCUUUAUAGCUGCUAUUGUGCUCCAUAAAGCCGGCCUCACAUUAAUUUUCAUCAUUAUCCAAUCAUUAGCUAUGACCUGGUAUUCACUUUCCUAUAUACCAUAUGCUCGCGAUGCGGUAAAGAAAACAGUAUCGGCUUGUCUUGACGUGUAAGCAACAACAAUGUGGAAUGCAAUGCUUUAUGCUUCGGCGCAAUCGCAACAAGCUACUCAUUCAUUAUAUUCAGCUAAGUAAAUUCGUUUAGAAGUUUGCUAGUAUUAUAUAGUUUCUUUGUAUUAGCUUCACUUAAUUUAUUUAAGAAAAUUGCAAUUAUUGUUCAUUCACAAAAAUUUUAAGAAACUUCAGUUGGGAGGUAUUAACAAUUUAUUUAAACUUUUACAGUUUUAUUGUGUCGAAAUUAGUUCUAUAUGUACGUCGCUGCAAGCUACAGUGUAUGUAUGUUUAUAAUCGCAGCGAUAAUGUAAAUAGGAACAUUGUCCACUAACGCUAAGUGCUAUAUGACAAUAUUAAAUUUGCAAAAAAAGCAAGAAAAGUGUUUGACUAAAAUUCACGAUCAAUAAACAAUAGAAUAUUUACUACGAAACUGUAACUAUAUUUAUGAUAACGCUCUCUACUACACCCGCUGUUGAGUAAGGAAAGCUUAUACUGUCUAUUCUACACAAAACUGAUAUGUACUUUGCAAGGCGCAUUAAUUAAAGGUGGUGGCACUAGACCAACAACAAUGUUUUGUACGUUUGGUUGUCACGGCAAAGUAUUGGAAAAGUAGAAAACAAAAAAUUAAUUCGCCUUGUUAUAUUCUGUGCUGACAGCCACAUGGACACAGCGAAAGAAAAAACAGAUGAUUUACCAACAUCACCUUUAACAGAAAUAUAAAAUUUAUUUUUUUUUCUAUGGCGAUGGAUUUUAUAUGUACGUUUAGCUUACUUUUCGUGUAAAACCACUACAGCGGGUGAAAGUUUGUUAUCCAUAUAAAACAGAAUAUACAUAUAAAUACAUGUGUACAUAUAUAAAUGUAGAUCUACCUGUAUUACACGCUGAAAACUGCUAUCAAUGGCUUGUGUAACUUAAUUCACUAUUUACGCAUAAAAUUCAGCAAAAUUUUCGGUUAGUUAACUCUAGAAUGCAUACCCUGGCAUUUGUACCACCAAUGACAUUUAAACCGUAGUAUCUUUAACUUUUGCGGCCGCCGUAGCCGAAUGGGUUGGUG